CCGCCGCCGGUCGCGGGCCGGAGUGCUGCCGGGCGCCGCGCUGGUCGGGUCCCCUUGGCCGUGGCGCAUGGGCCUCCUGCGGGGCGCGCCCCCGUGCGCCCGGGCCAUGGCGCGCCUGGGCGCCGUGCGCUCCCAUUACUGUGCGCUGCUGCUGGCCGCGGCACUCGCCGUCUGUGCCUUCUACUACCUCGGCUCCGGGCGUGAGACCUUCUCCAGCGCCACCAAGAGGCUGAAGGAGGCCCGCGCCGGGGCCCCCGCUGCGCCCUCGCCGCCGGUGCUGGAGCUGGCGCGGGGGUCCGUGGCGCCGGCCCCGGGCGCCAAGGCCAAGAGUCUGGAGGGCGGCGCGCCCGGGCCGGUGGACUAUCACCUGCUGAUGAUGUUCACCAAGGCAGAGCACAACGCCGCGCUGCAGGCCAAGGCCCGCGUCGCGCUGCGCUCACUGCUGCGCCUCGCCAAGUUCGAGGCGCACGAGGUGCUGAACCUUCACUUCGUGAGCGAGGAGGCCAGCCGCGAGGUGGCUAAGGCCCUGCUGCGGGAGCUCCUGCCGCCCGCCGCUGGCUUCAAGUGCAAGGUCAUCUUCCACGAUGUGGCUGUGUUGACGGACAAGCUCUUCCCUGUCGUGGAGGCCAUGCAGAAGCACUUCAGUGCUGGCUCAGGGACCUACUACAGCGACUCCAUCUUCUUUCUCUCUGUUGCCAUGCAUCAGAUCAUGCCCAAAGAGAUCCUGCGGAUCAUUCAGCUGGACCUGGACCUAAAGUAUAAGACCAACAUCCGGGAGUUGUUUGAGGAGUUUGACAAUUUCCUGCCAAGUGCCAUCAUUGGCAUAGCCAGAGAGAUGCAGCCUGUGUACAGGCACACAUUCUGGCAGUUCCGCCAAGAGAACCCCAAGACCAGGGUCGGAGGGCCUCCCCCUGAGGAGCUCCCAGGCUUCAACAGUGGGGUGAUGCUGCUGAACCUGGAGGCCAUGCGCCAGUCCCCACUCUAUGGCCGCCUGCUGGAGCCCGUGCAGGUGCAGCAGCUGGCCAGUAAGUACCACUUCCGUGGCCACCUCGGGGACCAGGACUUCUUCACCAUGAUCAGCAUGGAGCACCCUGAGCUCUUCCACGUGCUGGACUGCACCUGGAACCGGCAGCUGUGCACCUGGUGGCGGGACCACGGCUACAGUGAUGUCUUCGAGGCCUACUUCCACUGCGAGGGCCACGUCAAGAUCUACCAUGGGAACUGCAACACCCCGAUCCCAGAUGACUAGGGUGCCUCUGGAACAGGCCCUGGGCCACACCAGCCCCUGCAGAGACUCUACAGGGAUGUCCUUUGGGAUCCGGGUGCUGCCGACCUCUCAGCCAGCUGAUCCCUGUCCCGAAGACACCCCACAAGCAUGGAACUUUGAGUAGCUGGUGCUCAGGACCUAAAGUCAGGGGGCCAGCAUCACCAGGACAAACUCGGGAACAUCUUCCAGUUGGCUGGGAAACAGCAUUGGAGGAGAAGAAAGAAAAGCAAAUGAUGUCCUUGACCUAAGGAAUCAAAAUCCUUUUAAGAACUGGUCUUUCCUGGACCAAAUAUAAAUUUGAUUCAAAUCACCAGGCUUGUGUUUUAUGAGAAAGAACAGCACUGCUAUAGCUCUGGGUGAGCUCGGAGUGAGUGAGCCUGGCUUCCGGCAGGCAGCCGGAUCUCAGCCUCCCAAGGAACCCCGAUCUUCCUCGUCCUUGCCCAUGAGGCUGUGGGCUUCCUCUCAAGAUGUCACAUGCUCAGUGCAGCCCUCAAGAUCCACCUUUUUAGAGGAGACCUUCAGGGCCAGCUGGGGCCCAGUAGCGGUCUGCUUAUUGUAGUGUUCACAGCUUGUAUCUCCCAGUUACAUCACAGAACGCCAGUAUCCCUCGUUCCUUGUCCAGCCAGCCCAGGUGAUCUGACUGUACUAAGAAGUCAAGUCAGCCACCAAGACCAGUGAUUGGCCACUCUGAGGAUGUGCAGUAGAGUUGCCUGGACCAGGAAGAUUGAUUCCAAAGAGGAGCCCAGCCAUUCACAAGCACAAGGCUUGUCAUCGUUCUAGCCUCUUUGUUUAAAAAAAAAUUCAUCUUUGUCCUUUUCUACCUGUACCCCACAGAAAUUAGGGUGUGGUUUCUUUAGUUCUUCUUGUGACUGAUUCCUCUGUAAGUGAGCUGCGAACCCAAAGCCCAUCAUGGUCCAUCUCAUGCAUAGUCCAGCUAAAUCUGGCCAGAGAUGCUGUGGGACUGUUCAUCUCAUUCUGUUUCAGUUUUAUUUACUUUUGAACUCCUUCUCACCACGGGUGAGAGAGCUAAUAAAUAAUCUUUGAGAACACA